UAACCAUGCGAGCGCACGGGUCCAGCGGAUGGGCCCUUUGGGUGCUGGCGUUGUGCACUGGCGCUGCGGCGCAGGUGCUCACGCCGCCCUAUUUUAAUUUAGCGGAAAAUCGACGUAUAACGGCAACUGCCACGUGCGGACUGGAUGUAGCCGAUCCCGAAUUAUAUUGUAAACUAGUCGGAGCAAAUGCUGAUCGCGGCGCAUCUUUCUCCGAUGACCUGAUUCAAGGAGGACAAUUCUGUGACGUAUGCGACCCAACGAGACCCGACCGACACCACCCUGCCGAGUAUGCCAUCGACGGGUCAGAGCGCUGGUGGCAGAGUCCCCCCCUGUCACGUGGCAUGAAGUACAACGAGGUCAACCUCACCAUCGACCUGGGUCAACUCUUCCAAGUUGCGUACGUACUCAUCAAAAUGGGCAAUUCCCCGCGGCCGGGAGUGUGGGUUCUGGAGCGCUCGGUCGACAACGGAGAAUCCUACACGCCAUGGCAGUAUUUCGCUGACAGUCCCGGAGACUGCGAGAACUUCUUCGGAACGGAAACUCUCCAGCCCAUCGAAGAGGACGACGAUGUCACCUGCGUCACUCACUUCUCGAAGGUGGUGCCGCUCGAAGGAGGAGAAAUCGUCGUGUCACUGCUGAACAACAGGCCAUCAGCGAACAGUUUCUUCAACUCGACCGCCCUUCAGGAGUUCACGCGAGCCACCAACGUCCGGCUGAGGCUGCUGCGCACCAAGACCCUCCUGGGGCAUCUCAUGUCGGUGGCCAGGCAGGACCCCUCCGUCACCAGAAGGUAUUUCUACUCCAUCAAAGACAUCAGUAUAGGAGGCAGGUGCGUGUGCAACGGCCACGCAGAUGUGUGCGACAUCACCGACCCCAACGACCUGUACAAGCUCCAGUGCCGAUGCCAGCACAACACCUGCGGCUCCCAGUGUGAGAUGUGCUGCCCGGGGUUCAUCCAGAAGAAGUGGCGGCCGGCCGGCUACCAGGACGGCUUCGUGUGCGAACCCUGCAACUGCUACGGCCACGCAGACGAGUGCAUUUUCGACGAAGAAGUGAACAGCAAAGGCCUUUCUAUCGACAUCUACGGCGUGUACGAGGGCGGCGGCGUCUGCCAGAACUGCCAGCACAACACCGAGGGCAUCAACUGCGACAAGUGCAAAGCAGGCUUCUACCGGCCGUACGACAAGGAGCUGAACGACACGGAUGUCUGCCAGCCCUGCCAGUGCGACGUGUUCUACUCGACCGGCAACUGCGCGGAGGGCUCGGGCCAGUGCGAGUGCCGACCUGAGUUCCUUCCUCCGUACUGCCAGGAGUGCAACGACGGCUACUACGACUACCCGGACUGCAAGCCGUGCGACUGCCACCGAAACGGCACAGUCGGGGGCGUGUGCGAGGUCGGUGGUGGGCAGUGCCCUUGCAAGGAGAACUACCAGGGCCUCAACUGCGACGAGUGCGCGCCGGGCUACUACAACUUCCCCGAGUGCCUUCCGUGCGACUGCAACGACGUCGGCUCGCUCAACGAAACCUGCGACAUCGUCACCGGGCAGUGCAGCUGCGAGAACAACUUCGGCGGGCGCGCCUGCGAACGCUGCGAGCACGGAUACUAUGACUAUCCUUCUUGCACUUUCUGCAACUGCGAUGCGAGAGGAACCGAAGAAGAGAUCUGCAACAAGGAGACAGGGGAAUGCCUGUGUCUGGUCGGGUACAGCGGGACUCGGUGCGACGGCAGCGCCCCCGGCUUCUGGGGUUACCCUCUCAUCCAGAGCUGCGGCUGCCACGAGAAGGGCUCGGCCUCCUCGAUCUGCGACGCCUCCGGGGACUGCGCUUGCCUGGCGGGCUUUGCGGGGCGGGCGUGCGACCAGUGCAGCCCUGGCUACUACAAUUUCCCCGAAUGCAUGCCGUGCAAUUGCGACCAGGCGGGCAGCAUUGGCAUCUCCUGCGAUCACGAUGGUAAAUGCCGCUGCAAGCCCAAUUAUGAUGGCAUCCACUGCGACAUGUGCAGAGAAGGCUUCUACAAUUUCCCCUUGUGUGAAGAAUGCAACUGCAACCCUGCUGGUGUUCUGGAAACCUUUGCUGGCUGCGGCAAUGCUCCAGUUGGGGAACUGUGUGAGUGUAAAGAGCGCGUCACAGGAAGGAUCUGCAACAUGUGCAAGCCUUUGUUCUGGAACCUUCGUUAUGACAACCCUCUGGGCUGCGAAGACUGCGGCUGCCAUACGCCAGGCACCAUAGGCGGCGUGGCUUCCUGUAACUCCGAGACGGGCCAGUGCUUCUGCAAGCCCGGAGUCACAGCACGCAGGUGCAACGAAUGCCGCGACGGAACCUUCAACCUCCUGGACAACAACCUUUUUGGCUGCUCGGACUGUGGCUGCAAUCAAGGCGGCUCCGUUGACAACGUCUGCGAUAAGAUCAGUGGCCAGUGCCGCUGCAAACCGAGGGUCACCGGGCAGAGGUGCGACGAGGUGCUGAAGCUGCAUUACUUCCCGACACUCUACCAGCUGAAGUACGAGGCCGAGGACGGACACACGCCGCAGAACACCGCUGUCAGGUUUGGCUACGACGAGGAAGUUUUCCCAGGUUACUCGUGGAGGGGCUACGCCGUUUUCUCCGACAUCCAGAAGGAAAUCAUACAUGAAGUGUACAUCGAGAAGCCGUCCCUCUACCGCAUGCUGAUGUACUACCGCAACCCGAGUUCCAGGACGAUUGUCGGCACGGUCAGGAUCACGCCCGACAACCCAAGUGAUACAGAACAGGAAGACACCGUUUACUUCCUGCCAACAUCAGGCCCAGAGCUCAUGACCGUUGUCCGAGUCCCGGGCGAUUUCCCCGUCCAUCUGGUCAUGAACCCUGGACGCUGGACGGUUUCUAUUGUCAAUAAUCAGAAUCUUUUCUUGGACUACUUCGUACUCCUCCCCGAGGCUUAUUAUGAAGGCACUAUCCUCACGGAGAACAUAACCACUGCUUGCAUGAUUGGCCAAGAUAAGAGCGAGAUGUGCCUGCAUUACGCCUACCCAGAUGUACUGCAGUACGAUUACAUCUACGGCUCCGCGGGUUACAAAAGUGUCGGCGGGGAACGAUUAGCUGUUGACUUAUUUAGCGAUGACGAGGUCCUGGCAGAACUGGAGACCCAGCCGAUGGCAUGGCUGAACCACAACCAGCCCGAGGUCCAGUACGACAUCAGGCUGACCCGCGCCGGCCGGUACAUUCUGCUCAUCAAUUACUACACUCCCAGCGGUGCGACGACAACCAACGUUAUUGUGGAGACGUCGACACUCAGGGGCAGGGAGAAAGGUCGCGCUAUCUUGUAUGACUGCAUGUUUUCGACCACCUGCCGUCAAGCGGUCACGGAUCUGAGCGGUCAAGUGGGCGUCUUCCACUUUGACAGCAACUUCAUCAGUGUGGAUAUCAAGGGCGAAACAAACACCAACAUCGGAAUCGACUCCAUAGUGGCCGUUCCUUAUGACCUGUGGCACCAAGACCUGGUCCGCCCCCAGCCGAAGUGCACGCGCAAGGAUGGGGUGUGCCAAGAGUCAUUUUAUCCAUUCCCGCCGGAGACGACCAAGAAUGGAAGUAUAAGGAUCCUCGUGAUCACUGUCCCAGUAUACGGGUGCAGAUCUCCACAGGAGCCAAACCACAAGUCUAUUUGGCUAGAUUAUUUGUUAGUGAUUCCAGCAGCACAGUAUACUGAAGAGGUGCUGCAUGAACUCCCACAUGAUAAAACUGCAGAAUUCAUUAGGAUCUGCGGAGAGAACAAUUUCAAUGUUCUGGCAAAUGCUACAGGAUUUUGUAAGGAUGCUGCCUUCAAGCUGACAAUGGAUUAUAACAAUGGAGCUCUAGAAUGUGAGUGUGACUUCUAUGGCUCAGAAAGCUUUGAGUGUGAAGAAUUCGGAGGCCAGUGCCCCUGCCGUCGAAAUGUAAUUGGCCGAAAGUGUAAUCGUUGCAAGACUGGUUUCUUUGGCUUCCCUGACUGCAAGCCUUGUGACUGCCCCUCUACUGCACUUUGUGAUCCUGUGUCUGGUGAGUGCAUUUGCCCACCACGUGUUGAGGGUGACAGAUGUGAGCGCUGUGCCCCCUUCACCUAUGGAUUUGACCCAAUCAUUGGAUGUGAAGAGUGUCAAUGUUCUCCCCUCGGUGUUAGGGCUGGGAAUCUCCAGUGUGAAUUGGAAACUGGCCAAUGUGAUUGCAAGGACAAUGUAGUUGGAAGAAGGUGUGAGCGGUGUGAAGCUGGGUACUGGUCCUUCCCCUUCUGCCAACUGUGUGACUGUGAUCUGCGAGGAACAGAAGCAGACAUUUGUAACCAGGAUGAUGCCAGCUGUUUCUGUAAGUCCAACGUCCAGGGUCGUGCCUGUGAUGCAUGCCAGGCAGGCUCCUAUAACUUGGAAGAGAGCAAUCCAAAUGGAUGCACAAAGUGCUUCUGCUUUGGAAAGUCUGAAUACUGUUCAUCUGCUGAUGCUUACUGGGAGGAGUUAAUGAUGAAUGAAAUGACUGCCUGGGAUGUUGUUGUGGUUGAACAAACAUCUUCAGGUGAGAGUAGCUUGUCAUUCUCAUCCCUGGCCCAAACACCUAGUCGUUAUGAAGAGCUCAUUGUCCAGGACCUGUCAAGCAUUGGAAAUAUCUUUCCAGAGGGUCAUGUUUUCUUCUCUGCUCAUGAUAUAUAUCUUGGCAACAGCAUUUCAUCCUAUGGUGGAUUCUUCAGAUAUUCACUCUUGUUUGUAAGAGGAGAUAAUGGAACUGAGCUUACUGGUCCAGAUGUUAUCCUAACGGGAAGUAAUGUCAUUGCUCUGUAUUACUCUGAGUAUGAUCCAGCAACUUCUCAGGUGUAUGAUGGCUAUGUUCGGCUAACAGAGCACAGCUUUAGAACACUGUCAGGAGCUCCACUGCAGAGGGAUCAGUUUAUGAUGUUGCUGUAUGGACUAGAUGGAAUAUUCAUCAGAGCCAGUCACUGGAGCAACUCUGUUGAAGCCAGAUUGUACAAUGUUAGUAUGGAAGCUGCAACUAUCAACUGGCCAGGACCAGGAGCUAGAUCAUCCUUGUCUGUUGAACUGUGUCAGUGCCCUGUGAAUUACCAAGGCUCAUCAUGUGAAGAAUGUGCUGAUGGAUACUAUAGAGCUCAGCAAGGGCCUUAUGGUGGAUACUGCGUCCAGUGCCAAUGCAAUGGCCAUGCAAGCACUUGUGACAAAGUGACUGGAAAGUGCUUGAAUUGCCUGCACAACACUGUUGGUGAUUACUGUGAGAUGUGUGCACCAGGAUACCAUGGAGAUGCUACCAGGGGUACUCCCUAUGACUGUCUUAUUUGUGCUUGUCCAAUGCCAUCUAUUACAAACAACUUUGCAGACAGCUGUGAGGUGACACAUGAUGGAGCCUCCAUAAAAUGUGACUGCCAAGAGGGUUACAUUGGAGAAAGAUGUGAACGUUGUGCAUCAGGAUAUUAUGGCCAGCCUGAGGUUCUUGUCUUAGCACUCAAAUAUUGUUAUUUUGUCACUGAUCAUGUCAAUGAUCUGGCCCUUGGCCUCUUUAUGUUACCUAUAGCCCAAUCUGUUACUUUCUUUGUCUAUCAUCAGUUGAGACCUGACUUCUACCAAGGCACCAUGAGUGCCUUGCGAAUAUGUAUCUCACUCUUAUUAGUGAGUGCUGUCUUGUGCCAGUAUCGAGAUCGAGUCUAUAACACUGGCAGAUCGAGGUCUGGAUCCACAAGAUAUGGUCAAUCCAGGACAUCAGUAUCCUCAUCAAGAUAUAAUGUUUAUCGGCCCUUGGAUACUUACAGGACACAGUAUGGAAGUAAUAUUGUAACUCAGAAUAGGAGUGUUGUAUCUUCUACAAGACAUCAAUAUGGACAGAAUAACCCAUCAAGAUCCCAAACUACAUAUACUCAUUAUAGUCAUACAAGAAAUAAGGGAGCCACAAGCAGUGAGCAUAGUGGAUUUGGCACUGAGAGAAGUCGCCAGAGUGUCCAAGCAACAACAAUUCCUCAUGUAGAGUCAUCCUAUGGACUGACACACUAUGGGACGCUGAAGGGCAGACAAGGUCAAAGCCGUGAUAGGGGGUCACAACCCAGACCUUAUACCCCACCCCAGGGCCGACUUGAAGGUCGACUUGGAAAGAAAAAGCAACGCAUUGCUGGGGAAGGGUAUGGGGAGGCCUAUCUUGAGUGGUCAGAGUAUGGCAUAGGUUGUACAUGUGAUGAGUGCGGUACAAGGAACUGCCAACAUUUCUCUGGUGUUUGUGAGUGUUAUGAAAAUGUCAUUGGGAAUGACUGUAGCGAAUGUGCUCCUGAUCACUGGGGCUUUGCUUCAUGUCAGGGAUGUCAGCCUUGCACAUGUGGUGCUGCAUCUGUCAGUACGCAGUGUGAUAGAGGAACAGGGCAGUGUGAAUGCAGAAGUGGGGUAGGAGGUCAGCGCUGUACUCAGUGCAAGCCUGGGUACUGGAACUACUCUGAGAUGGGUUGCCAAGAAUGCACAUGUCGAGAAGGCUUUAGCAUUGGUGUUGGUUGUGAUCCUCUGACUGGUCAGUGCUCUUGCUUGCCUGGUGUGAUUGGAGCAAAUUGUGAUGGCUGUCCUUACAGAUGGGUUUUGAUUGAUGGUGUUGGAUGCCGUGAAUGUGAUGAGUGCGUUCAUGCCCUUCUCGAUACAACAGAUGAACUCUCACGCCUUAUUGAACCCACUAUUGUUGAAUUUGAGUCGGCAGCACACAGUUACUUCUUGAACCAACGCCUUGAGGUCAUCAACUCAACAAUGAAUGAGCUGAAGCCAAAAGUGGCCCUUAUGGACAUUUCAGAGGAAGAUACCAAACCUAUCCAAGAUGAACUCGAGUCCAUUAGGAAAGAGGCUCAGGCUGUGUCCGGAAGAGCAGGCAUUGUGUUGGACAGAGCAGGAGACUCAGCUGGUGAAGGAUCUGAUGUGCACAAGGAAGCUCUGGAUGUAGAAAUGCAGCUGAAUGAAGCUUUCUACACUGUGCGUGGCAUCAUUGGAGAGAUUAACAGGCUGGUCAUUGGCCUAGAGACUGGUGCAGGUGCCCACCUUGAGCAAGCCGUUAAUGAAGCAGAAGUUAUUGUAGCAGUCAUGCAAGAUCGCAGCUUUGAGGAAUUCCGUGAUAAGGUGGAAGUAGAACUGGAAUUGUCCAAGGAAUUGUUGGACAAGAUCAACCUGUUCUACGAGCCAGUUAAGGAACAUAAUAAGGCAGUCGGUGCUUAUGCUGAUCAGCUAAAGGACUUUGAUAAAAAGCUGGAGGAAAUGCAAGGUUUCAUUCAGAAGGCCCAGAUGCAAACAAACGAUGCUGGGGAAAGAAAUCGUAACAAUAAAUUAUUUGGGUAUGAAGCCCUAAAGAAGAAGAUAGAUGAAGCAAAUCGUGUGGGCAAGGAAGUAGAUAGUGACUUAGAGAAGUCACGCAAUCGAGUUGAUGAAGCAAACAAAAAUUACCUCAAUGCUUCAAUGAACUAUGAAGAGCUGUUGCUGGAGUUGGAACGACUGCAUGCAGCCAGAUCCACACUUAAUACAACAGUGUUAGAAAUAGUUCAAGAAUUAGAGGAAGCACAGUUACCAGCAAUGAAAGCUAAAGAACAUGCAGAAGUGCUCAAAACAAGGGCUGAUGACUUAGACAGUCUGCUUGCCGACACCCGAGAAGUUUCUGAAAAGGCUCUUGCAGCUGCAAAUGCAUAUAUGGACAUUGUGAAAGCAAUUGAAGAUGCACGCCAAGCUGCUGAAGCAGCAAAGGAAGCAGCUAUGAAGGCCCUGGAACUUUCAGGAGGUGUUAGUGAUGAUGCAGUUGUAUCACAGAGGAAAUCAGAAGAGAAAUAUGAAAUGGCAGAGUUGCGUUCUCAGCAAGUGGAAAGCGAGUUGCAGCCCCAACUUGCGCAGGCUGAGAGGGAUGUCCGCACCCUUAGAGAUAUGAAUACAUAUAUUAGUGAUACUGUUGUGGUGAUUGGCAGUGCAUUGGACAGGCUGCAGCAAGAAUCAAUCGCAGAUGAAGCAUCCAGUCUAAAGGAAAAUGCCAUUCAAUCAAGGGACCUUGCUGGGGAAGCCAUUCUAAGCAUAACUAAUGUAGAGGAUCAGCUUCCCGAGGCAACAGCUCGGUCUCGUCAGCUGAUGAAGAAUGUUGCUGAUGGGGAAAAGGCCAUUGAACUUGCAGACAGACAAGUGGAACAGGUUGAACAGCAGGUGCCAGAGAUGAUGGAAUUGGCAGCCAGCCUACGCCAAAAGAAGGAAUCCAUCCAAAUGAAAGGCAUUGAUGUGGGUGACCGACUCAAGGAAUUGCGCCGUUCCAUCCAGAAAACACGCGAGCUGGCCAACAAGAUUAAAGUUGGUGUUGACUUCCAGCCCAACACAACAAUUGAGCUCCAAAAUCCAGAGGAUAUUACGAAGGCAGCCACAUCCACCAAGGUAUCAAUGUUUGUGCGAACAGAUGAACCUUCAGGAUUGCUGAUGUUCAUGGGAACCCCAGUUGGAGGCAGCAAAUUAAUGCGCCGCACUAAAACCGAUGACUUCAUGGCCUUGGAAAUGGACAGUGGAUUUGUCCGCCUCACAAUGGACUUGGGUGAUGGCUCUCACUCCAUUGAGAACAAUAAGCUGCGCAUUGAUGAUGGCGUUUGGAGAGAAAUUAGGGUUGACAGGACGGGUAAGCUUGUGAAACUAAGUAUAGUUUAUGAAGAUGAGGACAAGAAUGAGGCAAUUGCAUCUGUGGAAAAUGAGUUACCUGGAACCUUCUCCGUCUUCAACCUUGAUCCGGGUGUGUCAAAGAUAUUCAUUGGUGGAAUUCCACCAGGAGUUCAGGUAGACAGCGCCAUCCGCAGCACCUCUUUCUAUGGCCAAGUGGAAGACUUCAGGCUCAAUGAUCGUCCUAUUGGUCUGUGGAACUUCAUGUCUAAUGGCACUAACAACAUUCAACAACACGGUGCAUUGGAGAGAGAUCGACUUGUAGAUUUAGUUCCUCCAACUGGACUAAGAUUUGAUGGUAAUGGAUAUGCAGCCAUGGACACACGCAAUGGCUACAGAUUCAAGAAGAAGUUUGAUCUGCAGCUUGACUUUAAAACAUAUGCAGAGGAUGGUAUCCUCUUCUUCAUUACUGGUGCUGAGGAUCAGUACAUAGCUGUUACCAUGGAAGAAGGCCAUGUGCUGUUCCAGUUCAACCUUGGAACAGGAGUAGCGACAAUGAGGUCAGAGGAGACCUAUCAUGAUGGAGAGUGGCACCAUGUGGAAGUUGCAAGAGAGCAGAAUAGAGGCAUCAUGAAGGUUGAUAGUAAGGGAGUCCAAGGAGAAUCACCAGGCAGUGCAAAGCUUUUCACAGAAGUCCCACAAAGAAUGUACUUUGGAGGCUUGCCUGGUGAACAUGAAUUUAUUGAUACAACAAAUGAUGAUUUUGAUGGGUGCAUUGACAACAUAGUCAUGUCCUCUGUAGCUGUUGAUCUUUCUAAGAGUACAGAAACAUUGAGUACAGCACCUGGCUGCCCUGUUAAGGUGGCCAGCUUAGUAUCCUUUGAAAAGAUGGCUCCAGGCUAUGUGAAGCACACUAGCCCUGAUGGAACUGGCCUACAGCUCACCUUCAAGUUCAAGACAGAUCAGCCAGAUGGUCUCAUUUUCUAUACAACUACAAGGAACCAAGACAGUUAUGUCUCUUUGUCACUGGCAGAAAGUGCUCUCAUUUUGAGAGCUGCUCCAGGUGGAGAGCUUAGUACAGGGUCCUACAAUAAAUAUAAUGACAGCGAAUGGCACGUUGUUAAUGCUAUUCGUGAACAUAACCAGCUUCGUCUCCAUGUUGAUGACUUUGAAGAUUUCAAGGUGUCUGUUGCACAACCAGCAGUGCCAUUUGAUGGACCUGUGUUCUUUGGUGGAGUACCAGCUGAAUACAAUAUAGCAGCUGCCGCAUCAGCAACAGAUACUAACUUCUUUGGCUGCAUUGGUGAUGUCACGCUCAACAGCAAGAUUGUGAACUUUGCAGAGAGCACUGACCGUCCAAGGGCACUAUUGCAAAAAUGCCACCUGGUGAGAAGCUCAUCACACUUCCAGUCAUCUACUUUCGGAGCAGGAAGAGAAACCAACACUAGUGCCCCUGGAGACAUCCUCACCGUGCAGAUUCCUGAAGUCGUGGAAGUGGAUUUCGACUCCUCCUCUUAUCCUCCUCCUUAUGUUACCACUGAUUCCUCCCCUCAGCUUGUCACCUCUUCUUCCUCCCCAUUCCCCACCACUCCUCCCACUACCACUGAAAUAGUCACUAGCACAACAGAGGAGAUCCUAGCAGAGGUGGAUGAGACUGACCUUGCUGAAAGCUGUGCUCUUCCUGUUGAACCUGCAGAGGAAGAACUAGAUGAAAGUGCUGGUUUCCGCUUUGACGAAGAUCACCCGGUCGACUUGAAAUUUGGAAGCAGACGAAACAGCCGCAUUGAGUUCGAUUCCCUGCCAAGCAAUCCUCGUGGGGACUUCAAGUUCUCGUUUGACUUCAAGACCAGCGCCACUGAAGGUGUCAUCUUCUAUGCUUCGGACAAACUGCAUCAUGACGUCAUUGCUAUAUACAUGAAGGAUGGGAAAAUCGUGCUGCGCUUCAACCCAGGCGACGGGCCGGUCCUGAUGCGCUCGCAGAAGGCCUUCAACGACGGCUUGUGGCACAGCGCAGUGGUGGAGCGCAACGACGCCUUCGGGGUCCUGUACGUGGAUGGCUACCAGGAAGGAAACGGCACGAGCAAAGGCACCUCCAAGUUCAUCGAUCUGAAGCCUCCAUACUACUACGGCGGCCUCAGCACAGAGAUCGCCGACCAGGCGCGCGCCAACACGGAGGAGACCGACCUCUCCUUCAACGGCUGCCUGCGAAUCAUGCGCAUGAACAACCAGCGCCUAAGCGGAGCCCAUCAAGCCUUCGGCCUCAACCGCUGCUCGGAGAACGUGGAGCCAGGCAUCUUCUUCGGCGAGGGGGUUCGGGCUCACGUCAUCCUGCGCCAGCGCUUCAGUGUGGGCCGCGUGUUCGAGAUGAAGAUGGACAUCAAGCCGAGAAAGAACAACGGCGUGAUCAUGUCAGUGCACGGACGGCGAGACUUCGUGCUGCUGCAGCUGAGGAACGGUAGUGUGGAGCUCACGGUGGACAACGGCAAGGGGGAGAUCGUGAACAGGUAUACUCCGUCUUCGCCGUGGACGAUCUGCGACGGGAAGUGGCACACGAUCCAAGUAAUCAAGAACAAGAUCAUCGCCAUCCUUAUCGUCGACGGGACUUCCACCAACCCAGUGUCCGGCAAAAUCGGCGCCACCUCAACGGACACGAAGCACCCGCUGUUCCUGGGGACCCAGCCUCGCAUAUUGCAGCGGCGCGGUAAAGCUGUGGCUGAAAAAUUCGUCGGCUGCAUAAGGAACGUGUCGAUUAACAAGGAGACAGAAGAGUUGGCUUAUGCUACGUUCGUGGGGCAAGUCAACGCCGGGUCGUGUCCCACUAUAUAAUAAAAGAAUCUUUUUUUAAUUAAUCAAAAACACGGAUAGAGAAUUUGGAUGAGUAUAAGACUUCAGUUGAAAAAUACAUGAAAAAAAAUUGAGUGAAGUAUAUGGAUUGAAAAUAAUACAGAUAUUAAACAUAAUACACAAUGGAUUGAACAUAAUAUGGGUCAAUGAAAAUAUAUGAAUUAAAUAUACUGGUAGAUUUUAAAGUUUUUUGAGGUUUUCUUUAGAAAGAUGUUGAUUAUAUAUAUAUAAAAAUCUGUAAUAAUAAUAAUAAUAAUAAUAAUAAUAAUAAUAAUAAUUGGAAGUAAUCGCGGAAUGUUAAUGGAGAUUCAUGAUAUAAACAUUAAAAGUAAAAAAAAAAAAAAAAAAAAAAAAAAAAUUGGCAUACCUGAAUUGGCAUUCAUUUGGCAUUUUCAUUUUGGAAAUUGAACUGAAUAAAUUAUUCACAAAAUUCAAA